GACUAACGUAUACUAGUAUUGAUUCAUAGCUUGACUUCAGGAGGAUGUAAUGUUUAGAAACAUACGCAUACAAGUCCAGUCCCCCUCCCUCUCUGUGAGCAUCUGCAUCGCUCCCCACACGCGCAGACUGAACUCCACUCUCUGCGUGAAGAAGGAGGAGGGACGUGUCGUGAGCUACGUGCACAGUUCAUAUUCACCCACCACCAAAAAUCUCAAUCGACUAUCCCAUGCGUUGCGUUCACGAGGAGCUCGUACAGCUUACUACUAUUUCCAGUUAUCAGAGGAACGAAUGAUUAGAUUGCUUUACAGUUUAUGAACUAGCAGUCCGCGAUGCUUGUGUUUAUAUGAACGGGUGUUUAUAUGAACUGUUAAACAGCGCACGGGUUUAUGCACAUAAGGAAGACGUGAUUGAUUGAUUGAUUUGUAGUAGGUUGUGAGUAAAGGGUGCAUUUAAUCCGGAUUUAAUCUGAAUUUGAGCGCUUUUUCAUCAGUGUUGGCUUGUGGUCGAGCAGGAGGGAGGAGUGGCGGAUGAACGGCUGGCUCCUGAAUUCUGAAUCCCGUCUAACAUCCACAGAGAUGAUAUAUCUGCCAGUGUUAUCCAUGACCUCAGAUUUACAGCAUUACAGUUUCAGGAUGCCGAAUAUAGGGUUCCAGAACCUUCCUUUGAACAUCUACAUUGUUGUCUUUGGGACGGCCAUUUUCGUCUUCAUCCUCAGCCUUCUCUUCUGCUGCUAUCUGAUUCGGUUGCGGCAUCAGGCGCACAAAGAACUCUAUGCAUACAAACAGGUUAUUCAAAAGGAAAAAGUGAAAGAAUUAAACUUACAUGAGAUUUGUGCGGUUUGUUUGGAGGAGUUCAAGCAGAAAGAUGAGCUGGGAAUUUGCCCAUGUAAACAUGCUUUCCACAGAAAGUGCCUUAUUAAAUGGCUGGAGGUGAGGAAGGUUUGCCCGCUGUGCAACAUGCCCGUCCUACAGCUGGCUCAGCAGCAAAGCAUGUCCGAACCUAUGCCCCCGACGCAGCAACCUCUGCCUGGAGUGGAGAACAUGGUGUAGCCCCUCCUGCUUUUCCUUAAAAUAGUGACCACCUCAACCUUCAGAGACUCCCUUCUGUACAGGUACACGUUCAUAUCCAAUGACAGCCUGCAGGAUUUGUGCCCGGAGCCACAGUCACCUUUGACCUGCCUCUGUUCGCGUUCUGCCUUGGUGACUUUACAAGGACUUACAAAUGUACAGUAGUAGUUGAAUUACGCAAUCUCUUUUAUUUGGGUUUGUUUUUUUUCUGUGGGAUAAUGAAGAAGAGUUGAGUCAACAUGUUUAUAAUUACCGUUCCACACCAAAGCACUUUUUUGAAGAUAUUAGUAAGGGGCAAAAAAUACUGAGAACUGAAAAAAAAUAACAAAACACAACUUUUUUAACUAAUGUUUUUUUUAACAAGCACUUUAAACUAUUUUAAACGCAAGCCUAGUUACAUAUGAUAGUAGCAAGAUCUUAUUUUAAAUUUGAUUUCCUUUUGUUAAUGUACACAGAGCCACAGAGCAAAAAGUGAGUUUUGUAUUAUGAUUAGGGACGGUAACUUUAUAAUGUAUAUUUAAGGGACAACAGCUCUCCAUUGUACAGUAUAUGUAUGUAUGUUUGAUUGUGUUUAUGUCUUGAUAGUCGGUAGAAAUUAAUUUAGUACCAGCUAAUGAACAAAAGUCACAAAUACAGCCUAUUAUUAGUGAUAUUUGUAAGUGCUGCCUUCGAACAAUGAUCUAGGACUCUGAAAAUUAGACUACAGGGCUGUAUCGGUAACAUGUGCAUCACUAAGACCUUUAGCUGGUGUCCAAAACAAUAAUGUGUACAGAAUUUGUCUUAUGAGGGUCCGGUUGUGGCUCAGCAAUAUUUGAACUGUUACUGUGGAAGUCUUUAUGUUUGAAAUGCUUAAAAAUACGAGCUGUGUUAAAUACACACAAACAUGCACAUUUGGUAAUGUUCACCCUGAUCUCACAGUAAUUGCUACAUAUUUUACAAAUAUGUUGGCAAAUUCGUAUGAAGUAAAUCGAACAAAAAUGUGAUUAUAAUUUUUUUUAUGAAAACCCAUCCCUAACACAACGUCACAUGAGUGGGAUAAUACGGAGGACCCACUUCGUAAAAUACGUACGAAUUCUUACAGUUGGUCCAAGACUAUAUUUCGUAAUACCCCAAAAUGCUAAGACAAUUUUAAAAUGCUCUAAAUUGGACUAUAGUUAGUUUUCUAUUGAUUAUUCCAAAUAACAUGAAAAUAUUGGUGGGGAAAAUAAGUAUUUGACACAUCAGCAUUUUUAUCAGUAAGGGGAUUUCUAAGUGGGCUAUUGACACAACAUUUACACCAGAUGUAGCCAUCAAGCCAAAUAUUGGAUUCAUACAAAGAAAUCAGAACAUUUAAGUAUACAAGUUGAGUCAUAAUAACUAAAGUGAAAUGACACAGGGAUUAAGUAUUGAAUGCACUUUAUUUAAUACUUUGUAGAAAAGCUUUUGUUGGUGAUUACAGCUUCUAGACCCCUCUUGUAUGGAGAGACCAGUCGUCUGCAUUGCUCAGGAGUGAUUCUGGCCCAUUCUUAUUAUGAUUCAACUUGUAUACUUAAAUGUUCUGAUUUCUUUGUAUGAAUUCAAUAUUUGGCUUAAUGGCUACAUCUGGUGGAAAUUUUGUGACAAUAGCCCACUUAGAAAUCCCCUUACUGAAAAAAUGCUGAUGUGUCAAAUACUUAUUUUCCCACUGUAUAUUAGGGGCAGUCAUUUAAUAUAUUUUCCAAUAUCCAGGUAACUAAACCUGUUUGCACUAUUUUUUUUCCUGUGAAGUUAGUUAGUAUAUAGUUUCUGGCUUCAAUUUCAAAAUUAUUAUUUUUUAAAUCAACUUUAAAGUGAACAAAAUAUGCCCAAAGCAUUAAUAAAUUUAAAUAUUAAAUUAGGUUAAAUGACUCAGAUACUGCUGGUCUAUAAAUCUUUAUACUGUUUUCACCUAACAUUCAAAUCAGAUUUUUUAUUGCGUGGAAUUUUCUUCCAUGGAACUGUGACGCGAUGCAAAGCAUCAAACCUUUUAUGUAUGGCUGUGUGUAUUUCUUCUGUCUCUUAUACUGUAGCACCCCAUAUCUUUCUGAUUAGAUAGAAAAGCGUAGUUACUUGGCAUAAGAUGUAUCCAACAAAUAUCAAUAAAUGAAAUGCUGCUCUAGUGAAGCCGAUCAAAUAGCCGCGCUACAGAAACAAACUAACCAGACCUGACGUCAUAAGGAUUGGUGAAUACUCUCAUUAUAGACCUAUAGUAGAUGACACAAAGUGUCUAGUUUAGUAUCAUUCCAGAAUCUUUUAGUCUAUCAAUUAAUCAAUUCAACACUGAUUCGGUUUUUAUUAAAUUACGAUCAAUGACCACCACUCAUAGAGACAGUACUGGUCUCGGCUCAGAGCCAGCGGGUGCAUGCGGUCAGCAGAUUUCUUUAUUCUCUGUAAUAGAAUGGAAGCUCUGGCUCUUUCCCCAUUCUAUAGUAGUACUGCUAAUUUUCAUGGCAUGCUGGGUCUCUGUGCCUUCCACGUUAAAAUAUCGGUGCAUAUGUAUAAUAUUGUAUAUGGAGUGGGGUUUGGGGAGUUAAAAGUUAAAUAGUUAAAAGUAGUUGUUAAAACAAUAACUAGUAUGGUUUUAAUAAACCCACAACUAAAUCGGCACAAUUGUUGUGCUGGUGGUUUUGAUUCAAAGUGCGAUCUGGUCAUGGGGGACUCAUGUACUACACAUUUAUUAGCAAACAAACUGCCCACCAAGCACAGUAUCUCAAAUUUUCAGUUUAGCUUAUUUAGUUCAAUUUAUUUUUUGCAUUUGCUGUGUAGGUGAGGAUACUGUUGUAACAUCGAUAUUGCCUAAAAAAAUUUUUUUUCUUUUUUGUUGGCUCUGGUACAUUUUGGUACAUGUGUACAUUUUCACACUUGUGUAAAACACUGAGGGUUUCUUUCUGUAAAUUCUUAUCAUGAAUGCAUAUUGUUAAAUUCAGAGUCCUAAAUUAGGAUCAUAUAUUUGGCUUUUUACCAUAGCAGGUCUUAAAGAUGUACAAAGAUUUACUCUGAUAAUGAAUGUAUGCGUGUAGAGAGCUGUGGUUUGACUGUGUCAUUAUAAUGUGAAAGUAGUUAAAAUCGAAAGUUACGUCACUGCACUUUUCAUACCUGGUGGUUUUAGUGGUAUUGGUGCCUCGAUAGAGGUGGAACUGAAGAUGAGGCAGUUGUUUUAUUUAUUGUGUGCAACAAUGUAAAACCUCUAACAUUUCGUUAGUUAUUUCUAACAACCCUAAUUUAGAGAUAAUGAGGUUUGGGCAAAGGAAAUCUGUUUUUGUGGACAUUGUUAAAAAAACGUGAACUAAACUUAGCAAACUUGGUAGGUAGUCCUAAAGGAUAGUGAGAAUCAUAAGUGAUAAACUAACUUAUAGCUUUUCUCUGCAUAUUGAGCUUUGCUAAGUGCCAUAUCUGGUUAACCAAAUUUUGACUUUGAAAUUUGUAGUUUUCUGUUUUUUUUAUACCAAGUGAAGAUGUGUUUUUAUUUAAUGGCUGUUAGGUAGAGAUUGGCACCAUGAUUGUAAAGCAUUAGUCAUUUUAAUAGAACUGGAUUAAUGUCUACUAAGGUGCAUGACAAUUUGAACAUCAAUACUGAUUUCUGAAAUGAUUUGAUACAUCAUAUUAAAGCUGAACUGCCAAUGUAUACGCUGUAGGUUCGCGAAUAUUCCAAAGCCAUUGACAAACACCUUAAAAUAUGCCACUUGUUCCUUCACCUUAGUUCUUCUUGAUAUUGCCUCUUCUUACCCACAAUAAACUUUUGCCUCAUGCCUCAUUACAUACAAUUGGCACCCUUUGUAAAUAUGUCCAAAGAAAGCUUGAAAAAUAAAUUGAAAUUUUUUCUCCUUUUUAUCUUUUAUUUAAUCACAAAAAUACAAUUUCAGCAAAUACAAAGAGCAAGUCGAGUUUGGCUUUUUUUCUCUGAAGGUAUUUGAUAUAAUCCAUAAUGCCAUGUAUCUGAGUAAGAUGUCCAGGACCUAAAAGUAGGUUCACAACAAUAAAGAUCGAGCUGUAUUUUAUUGUAUAUUACCCCCGCUUUUUUGGUUUUACUUGACAGAAACAUUGUAUUUCUGUUACUGUUUUAUUUAAAGCUCAAAAGGAAAAAAUAUUUUGAUCGCUUUAAUUGCUCAUAUUUACCAAGGGUGCCAAUAUUUUGUCCACAACUGUAAUUUUGCCCCACCUCCUUACCAUUCCCUCCAUUGUGACCUCACACAUGUGUGAGCCCCAUCCAGCCUGAUCUCACGAGAAUUCAGAUGUAUUACACCAUAAAAACAAUAACAAAACCCCAACAUCACCUGGAAAGAAGCAAAUUGUACAAAAAUGUGGACAUACGAAUUCAUACUUAAAUUAACUACCUUGUAAAAUGCGUAGGAAUUGCUAUGAGAUAGCGUUACCCAUCCCUUCUCAGCACAGUCUUGUUUUAACACUGCUAAUGUUUGUGAAUCUCACGAACAUGUUUGUAAAAGUAAGAAUUCUGCAGCAGAAUAUUUUCUGUACAGUAUUUGUAAACUAUAUUUUUGUAUAUUUAAUCAACAUUUUGAGAAAAAAUGCAAAGAUGCUUUUUUUGCUAAUUUUGUGUGUAUUCAUUAAAAUAUGUUGCAUGUGACUGACUUGAAUUGUAAAUAAAAUUGCCAAGUUUUUGAAAUAAUG